AAGAACGUGGGUAAGCUGGAAAACGCAUAUAAGCGGUGUUGAAACUCAAGUACGGUUUUAGUCUUAGUUGUGUGUUCGCGGAAUAAAUGUUGAUUGUUGAAUCGAUCGCGCAAAUGUCGAACUUACGCGAUUUACCGAGCGCCUUAGCCAAGAAGGCAGCACUGGAAUUGAAUGAAAAUCCAGCCGAUACGCCUUACUUUCUCAAUGCGUUACGUGAAUGGGUGGAACAGCAGCCACACUUGAAGUCACGUACAUGCGAUCAAUUUCUUAUCGCAUUCUUGCGGGCUUCGAAAUUUAGCCUGGAAAAAGCAAAAAAUAAAUUGGAAAAUUUUUACACAUAUCGUUCACUAAUGCCAGACUUAUUUACUGGUCGGUAUAAUUUCAUAAAAGAAGAAAAAACUCAGGCUAUCGUAAAAAGCGGUUGUCUGGUGCAUUUAGCAGAGCCCAUAGCACCAGAUGGUCCACGCGUUGUUAUGAUACGUGCCAACCAAUUUGACAUGCAGAUACACAGUAUUAUGGAUGUGUUCAGAGUUGGUUCAAUGUAUACGGAUUUCUUACUCUAUGAAGAUGACAAUGCAAUUGUGUCUGGUUAUGUGCUUAUAAUGGACUUGGGUGAUCUAAAGAAAGAUGUCGUAUUAAGUUUUCAACCAAGUUUUGCAAGAGAUUUGGUAAUUCUAGCUAACAAAUGUUCACCAUCACGCAUGAGAGGCUUUCAUUUUUUAAAGGUGCCAACGAUUUUUGAAACUUGCUUCAACAUGGUAAAGUCAGUGAUUAGUGCGAAGCUGAGAGAACGGUUUUACGUGCAUGGUCGUAAUUACGAAAAUUUAUAUGAACACGUUCCGAAACACAUAUUACCAAAAGAGUAUGGAGGUGAGUGUGAUAUGCAGAGCUUGCAAGAGAAGACUUGGAUUUGUUAA